AUGAAGGUCCGCGCAUCGGUGAAGCGGCUGUGCGGAUUCUGCAAGGUGGUGAAGCGCCGGGGGAUCGUCUUCAUCCACUGCACCUCCAACCAGAAGCACAAGCAGCGCCAGGGCUUCUCCACCAUCGCCGCCUGCCUCCCGCCCCCGCCCCCGCCGCCCGCCUCCGCCUCCGCCGCCGCGUUCGCCGAGGCUUCCAAGGUGGCCCGUCAGGAGAUGUCAACGAAGUUCAACUGGCCGCUGGGUCUAGCUGCCGUGCUCAAGAAUGGUGACAAAUAA